GUGCGAAGCGUCAUGACGUCGCGAGUGCUGACGGUGCGACCGGAUGAGAGCGUGUUUGAGGCGAUGAAAUUGUUAGUCGAUAAUCGAAUCAGCGCCGUGCCGGUGGUGAACGCGAGUGGUGAGGUUUUGGGCGUGGUGAGCGAGUACGACCUCAUGGCGCGCGUGGGGAAGAAGGAGACGACGAAGAGCGUGGCGGAUGACGGGAUGUUUCCGCGCCGCAUGUAUAAAGCCAGCGGGUCGAAGGUAUCGACGGCGAUGCACGAGGCGACGACGUGCACGCCGGACAUGCCCCUCGUGGAGGCGACGGAAUUGAUGCUCAACGGUAAUCUCGCGCGCAUGCCCGUCGUGGACGAUCGCGGCGCGUUAGUCGGGAUUUUAUCUCGCGGCGACAUCAUGCGC